CUGAACUAGCACCUUGCUGCCAACAAGAUAUUUAAGUACAAAGUUACAUACGUACACAGCUGUAGGGCGUAGGAAGAGAAUGCUGCCACUGAGUUGCUUGCCUGGCUCAGAUUCAGAGAGUAUCAACAGUAAAAAUCUGGGACUUCUGUCCUUAGCACGUAAAGUGACCGGAUCUUCAUCCUCUGAGCUUUCUCCCAUCGAGAAGAGAGCAGUCACUUAUCGGAUUUGGUGUGGACGGAAGGAAGGUUUGCAGAAGCAUGGACAUUCGCAACAAUCUGACCCGGCUGAACAUGCUUGAGAACUGCACUGUGAUUGAGGGCCACUUGCAAAUAUUGCUGAUGUUUAAAACCAAGCCUGAAGAUUUCCGUGAGCUCAGCUUUCCUAAACUGACUAUGAUUACAGACUACUUGCUUCUUUUUCGCGUGUAUGGCCUGGAGAGUUUAAAGGGACUUUUCCCCAACCUCACUGUGAUUCGAGGAACUCAUCUGUUUUUUAACUACGCGCUAGUCAUUUUUGAAAUGGUUCACCUAAAAGAGAUCGGCCUCUAUAACCUGAUGAACAUUACUCGAGGCGCUGUGCGGAUUGAGAAGAACAACGAAUUAUGUUACUUGUCCACAAUUGACUGGUCAAGGAUUUUGGAUUCUGUAGAAGAUAAUUACAUCGUGGCCAACAAGGACGACAAAGAAGAGUGUGGAGAUGUGUGUCCGGGAACUGUGAAAGGGAAGAGCAACUGUCCGCCUACUGUGAUAAAUGGCAUUUUCAUUGAACGCUGCUGGACCCAUGAUCGCUGUCAGAGAGUUUGUCCACCUGCCUGCAAGUCCCAAGGCUGCACCUCUGAUGGUCAGUGCUGUCACAGCGAAUGUCUUGGGGACUGCACGGAGCCGAACAACCCUGAAAAAUGCGUGGCUUGCCGCAACUUCUACCUUGAAGGCAAAUGCGUGGACACCUGCCCCCCCGGUUACUAUCGCUUUGAGGGGUGGCGUUGUGUGACCUUCAGCUUCUGCCAGGAACUGCACAACAAAUGCAAAAAUGCCAGGGAAUCGGGGUGUCACGUCAUCCACAAUAACGAAUGCGUUCAUGAAUGCCCAUCAGGGUACAUCAUGAAUUCCAGCAACUUGCACUGUACACCCUGCGCAGGGCCCUGUCCAAAGGUUUGCGACUACGGGAAAGAGAAGACGAUUGAUUCAGUGACAUCGGCACAGGAGCUCCGUGGCUGCACAGUUGUUAAUGGAAGCUUAGUUAUAAAUAUCCGUGGAGGAAAUAACAUAGCAGCUGAGCUAGAAGCAAAUCUUGGCUUGAUAGAAGAAAUCUCGGGUUACCUAAAAAUUCGCCGGUCUUAUGCCUUGGUUUCUCUUUCUUUUUUUCGUAAACUACAUCUGAUUAGAGGAGAAACACUAGAAGCUGGGAAUUACUCAUUUUAUGCCUUGGACAACCAGAAUCUUCGCCAACUCUGGGACUGGAGUAAACACAACCUCACUAUUGCACGAGGCAAACUUUUCUUCCAUUAUAAUCCCAAACUGUGUUUGUCAGAAAUCCACAAGAUGGAGGAGAUCUCUGGGACUAAGGGGCGUCAGGAAAGGAACGACAUAGCCCUGAAGACGAACGGUGAUCAAGCCUCAUGUGAAAAUGAAUUGCUGAAAUUUUCUUCCAUUAGAACUUCUCAUGACAAGAUCCUCUUGAAGUGGGAGCCAUACUGGCCUCCUGAUUUCCGUGAUCUCCUGGGAUUUAUGCUUUUUUACAAAGAAGCUCCAUACCAAAACGUGACAGAGUUUGAUGGCCAAGACGCUUGUGGGUCAAAUAGCUGGACAGUUGUGGAUGUUGACCCACCCCCACGGUCAAAUGAGCCCAAAGCCCAGGCCCAGCCAGGUUGGCUUCUGAGGGGCUUGAAGCCAUGGACACAGUAUGCUGUAUUUGUUAAAACUCUGGUCACCUUCUCAGAUGAACGAAGAACAUAUGGUGCAAAGAGUGAAAUCAUCUAUGUCCAGACCAACGCUACUGUUCCGUCAGUCCCAUUAGAUCCGAUAUCUGUUUCCAACUCUUCAUCCCAGAUCAUUCUGAAGUGGAAGCCACCCUCAGAGCCCAAUGGAAACAUCACGCACUACCUGGUGUUCUGGCAGCAGCAGGCAGAAGAUAGUGAGCUUUAUGAACUGGAUUACUGCUUAAAAGGAUUAAAACUGCCCUCAAGGACAUGGUCUCCUCCUUUUGAAUCUGAAGACCCUCAGAAGUAUAAUCAAAGUGAAAAUGAGGAUGUCAGUGGAGAAUGUUGUUCCUGUCCUAAAACAGACUCUCAAAUACAAAAGGAGCUGGAAGAGUCUGCUUUCCGCAAGACGUUUGAGAACUAUCUUCACAAUGAGGUCUUUGUCCCCAGACCAUCAAGAAAACGAAGAGACCUUGGCUUUGCGGCAAAUGCCACUGUGGUAAUACCCACGAUCUCAUCCUCUCCAAACAAUUCUGCAGCAGCACCCGAGAAUGCAGAGGAACAGAAGCCUUUUGAAAAAGUUAAGUCUAAGGAGUCCUUGGUUAUCUCAGGCCUGCGGCAUUUUACCGGGUAUCGCAUUGAGCUCCACGCUUGUAACCAUGAUGCUCAGGAAUCCCGAUGCAGUGUUGCAGCUUACGUCAGUGCCAGGACCAUGCCAGAAGCUAAGGCUGAUGACAUCGUUGGUCCAGUUACCCAUGAGCUGGUUGAAAAAAAUACCGUGCAUUUGAAGUGGCAAGAACCAAAGGAGCCAAAUGGUCUUAUUGUGCUGUAUGAAGUGAAUUAUGGACGUCUUGGAGAGACAGAGGAAGCGCACUACUGCGUUUCCCGUAAGCAUUUUGCCAGCGAGCAGGGCUGUAAACUCCGUGGACUGCAGCCUGGAAACUACAGUGUCCGUAUACGAGCUACAUCACUGGCUGGAAAUGGCUCAUGGACAGAACCUACCUAUUUUUAUGUGGCUGAUUAUUUGAAUGCUCAGCCUAAUAUUGCUGUUAUAAUUGUUCCGAUUAUUUUUGCCAUAAUAAUUGCUGGAAUUAUUGGAGCUGCUUACGUGCUUGUGAAAAAGAGACAAACCGAAGGACCAACUGGACCCCUCUAUGCAUCCUCUAACCCUGAAUAUCUCAGCGCCAGUGAUGUCUAUGUUCCCGACGAAUGGGAGGUUCCACGAGACAAGAUCACUCUCCUCCGAGAGCUGGGACAGGGCUCCUUCGGCAUGGUGUACGAAGGAAUCGCCAAGGACAUAGUGAAGGGAGAGCCGGAGACUCGAGUGGCUGUGAAAACUGUUAACGAAUCAGCCAGCCUUCGUGAGCGCAUCGAGUUCUUAAAUGAAGCUUCUGUGAUGAAAGGAUUCAGCUGCCAUCAUGUGGUUCGCCUCCUUGGGGUGGUCUCAAAAGGGCAACCUACUCUGGUGGUCAUGGAGUUAAUGGCACAUGGAGAUUUGAAAAGUUACCUUCGCUCUUUAAGACCUGAUGCUGAGAAUAACCCUGGUCGUCCGCCACCAACACUGAGAGAAAUGAUCCAGAUGGCUGCAGAGAUUGCUGAUGGCAUGGCCUAUCUGAAUGCUAAAAAAUUUGUUCACAGAGAUCUUGCGGCUCGUAACUGUAUGGUUGCAGAAGACUUCACCGUAAAAAUCGGAGACUUUGGCAUGACCAGAGAUAUCUAUGAGACGGAUUAUUAUCGUAAAGGAGGCAAAGGACUGCUGCCUGUGCGGUGGAUGGCACCCGAAUCAUUAAAGGAUGGUGUUUUCACUGCUUAUUCUGAUGUGUGGUCAUUUGGUGUUGUCCUUUGGGAAAUAAGCAGUUUAGCAGAGCAGCCGUACCAGGGACUCUCCAACGAACAGGUGCUAAAGUUUGUAAUGGAUGGAGGAUACCUGGAUCAGCCGGACAACUGCCCGGAGAGGCUGCACAGCCUGAUGCAGAUGUGUUGGCAGUACAACCCUAAAAUGCGCCCCACCUUCAUCGAGAUCAUCGAGAUGCUGAAGGAGGACUUGCACCCCAGCUUCCACGAGGUCUCGUUCUUCUACAGUGAGGAGAACAAACCUCUGGAAACAGAGGAGUAUGAGAUGGACUUUGAGAACAUGGAGAGCAUUCCCCUCGAUCCCUCCUCGUACUCACAGAGGGACAAAGUCCUGGGACGGGACAAUGGACCCUCUAUGGCUCUCAAGGGGAACUAUGAAGAGCACAUACCUUACACUCACAUGAACGGUGGCAAGAAAAACGGGCGGAUUCUCUCCAUGCCCAGGUCAAGUCCUUCCUAACGCUUCCUGUUUGGCCCAAGGGUUGUGUCUGCUUUUUUCCCCUCCACAAAUCUCAGGACUGUUGUUAUUGCUGCCACAGUGUAUGACACACAUCUACAAACUCUUCAGAUUUGUAAUCAUCUUAUGAUUAAUACUUUUUUUUUUUUUUUUUUUGCCAAGUUGACUGGUUGUCAGUGGACUUAUCUGUGAACAUAAAUGGAAGAGGUUUCCAUGGCUGCUGUCCCUUCUGUAACCAUGGUUUCAAAACAGGAAGCAACCGUGUAAGUUAAACCGAAGGAGGAGCAUCCACGUUUGCCAACAAAAGACGUGAAAUUUGCUGGUAUCUGAGCUACAGCGUUAACGGUGCGGAACAAAAUUUCUGCAGGACAAAAGCAUUUCCAGUAGAAUUCCAGGCUUUCAGGCAUACUCUUCACUAGAGCUGAAGGAUUCAACACAUCAGUUGGACGCGCCAGAUCCUCAGAUUGACCAAUAGCUGCUGCUUUCAUACUUUUUAAAUGGGUUAAAUCCCAGGGGUGCGUGCGUGUGUGCGUGUGUGCAGUAUAUAUAUGUGGGGUGUAUAUGUAUAGCAAAAUAUACACUUCUUUUUUUUGUACAUAAGUUUUGUAUGUUCUCACAGAAGCUUUCCUCUUCUUGGAAGUGUGUACUUACCUUUUUUUCCCAUUUCCUUGGAGUGACUGAAUCCUAAACAGAUUAUUUUUAUACUAAGGACUCUUGGGAGUAGGUUUUCUCUCAUUAACAAAUGAGGAAAAUGUGCUGGGAGCCAAAGGAGCAGAAAUCUGAGAUUUGUGGGUACUUUCAAGACCAAACGAAGUAGGAGUCCCCUGACCUGAGACACGGAGUUUUCUGUCCUUACAGCAUUGAGUAUAUAUAUUGUUUGUUGUAACAUAUUUAAAAAUGUCUUUAGUUUAACUUUUAACUUCAUAUAAAUUAUUGACUGUUUAUGAUCCUUUUCGGGGAGGGGAGAAUUUGGGGGAUUGUUUGGUCUUAAAGUGGUCCAAAGAUUUCAGAAUGAACUAAUUUUAGCCGAUUACCCUUUUAGGAGCUGUGAAGCACAUGUUAAGUUUAUACUUGACAAGGCUUUAUAAUACAGUUUCAUGAUUUAUACAAUGCAGUCAGCUGGCUCCAGUCGAAGCCCUGAGAUAUAGUAGUUGGGACAUCACUUGGUUCUUGGGGGCCGAAGGACACCCGAACAUCCCGGUCCCAAGUCCUGCUACUCCUUCGCCCCCACGUCCCUUGCUUUGCCUUCUGUGCGCACUGUGCCGCGGAAGCAGCUGGCAAGAGAGGAGGAGCAAGAACUCGAACCGAAAAAAGAGACACUAAAGCCAAUCUAAAGGGGGGAGAGCACAACGCUCUUCGCUCUGCACGUGAAGCAGAAGCUGAACGUGACUGUGGUUAGCUACCCGCCGCCUGUCUGCUGCUGCUCAGGUGUCUGGCCUCGUGCUGCCUGCAGGCCUUCCGUGUUUUCCCGAGAUAAUCCGCGCUGCGUCCUGCAGACUUCCCAGGACGCGUGCGUGCAUUAGCCACUGCUUUCAGCUCUUCGGGAUGUCAGCUUUUGUCUCCUGGACUGUGCUUUGUUUUGCUGCUGUUUGCGUAAAAGACAGAGCUGAUUAGCAUAAGAUGUUAGAAAAUAAUUGUGAAACUAAACGUGUCUCGUAGUGAUGAGGGAGCGUGCUGGCAGGGAGAAGUGCUAAAGCAAGAAAUAUAGAUGAGCGAUGUUGCAGCCCCUUGUCAUACAGGAGGUGGCCUUAAAAGGGGAGAGAGAUGCUCAGUCCUCCGCUUUUCCUCCUGGAGAAGUCCAGGAGCCGGUUUGUGCUCUCUACCAGGAGAAAACGACGUUCUCCUGACUCGGUUGGAGAGGGGACACCAAGCUGGUGCGUGGCUUUUUAUUCCAGCCCGGGCGGUGCUGCUGCUUUCUCCCUGUAACCGAAUGAAAGGAGCUGGAGUCAGUAGGGAAGCGCCUCUCCGAGCCCGCUCCCCUCAGCCACGCCGUAGCUAAACCGGUCGGUGCAACAUCGGGGGAGGCCGACGGACUCUGCACCACCACGAGCUGUCGGGCCUUUGUGCUGGUUGAAUCUGGUUGGUUCGGACAAAGGUGGAGGGUACAGGUGGCUUGCAAAGUUAGAUGGAAGAUAUACAGUCCAGACAUGGGUAAGAACCUUCGAUUUCAAAAGGCCUCGUUUACAUUUCUUCUGCUUUACAAAGUAGUAACUGUUUAGCAGCUCUAUACUACACUGCAGGAAAGAAGACAUAUUCUCACACUUUUCUAAGGAAGAGAAGUUUUUCUUAUUAGAAUUUUUUUAUUUAUUUUAAUAUAUAAAACACUGUAAAAAAAAAAAAAACAACAAACAAUUUGUUUUCUUAAACACACAGAACAUGUAAAUUUGUAUCCGUAAAAUCUUGGCAGGUGGAUGUGGUGGGAUUAUUUUUGUCCUGUUCUGGUGCAGUCUACCUCAGUGUUUCUUAAGGAUACUUUUUAAUAUUACGCACCUCUAAACCUGUUUAAAUAUUCUGGUCUGGACCUAUUGUGGAUCAGGGAAAAUCAAUAUCAGCUGAUUCCAAUACUAGGGACCAUUCACUGAAGGGAAUGGGUAGCAGAACGGCUUGUCACUGUUUAUCACUAAUCUGAGCAGUAGUGACCAAAGGAAUCGAUUUACAAAUUUGGAUCUGAUAUUCUGAUAUCAUCCUCUUAGUUCUGUUGUGAUUAAAAAAAAAAAAAAAGAAACAAUAAAAGAGCCAUUCAAAUGUUUGGACUUUAGUGAACUAAUGACCUAAAAGGAGUAGACUGCUUGCUCCUGGAGUAGUAUUUGCCAGCGUGGAGCAGGGACUGUGACCAGCCCUCAUUGUUGGAGUUGGAUCGGGGUAUCUUGGUCACUGCCCUUCUCACAACGCACAGGUAAUCCGGAGUCCUGCCGGUAGGAUGUGACCUCCUGAAAUAAACCUUUCCCAGCAUGUCCUUGUUUUGAUAGCAUUUUAAAUUGCAGUGAUCCUAACUGUGGGAAUAGAAGAUCUUUCUAUCAACAACCAUUGGAACCUUGUAUUGGGUCUGGCUUUUAAAUUUAGUUGAUAUUGGUUGGCCCUCUGAGUACACGUGACUUGCAACACUCAGUUCACUGAACAAGGGAAUACGUGUUUUGCUUUGUGGACAGGCAGUCCAUUCACAUGGCUCAUAUUGUCAUCUUCACUCUGCACCACACAGAGCAGUUGUUUAUACCCAGUACUGUGUGUAAAGAUUAUUCCAGUCAUCCUUUCUACAUUGUGCCAAGGGUGAGGAAAGGCGUAUUGUACUCGUGGUGAGGAUAUCAUUUUUCCCCCUUUUUAAAAACAAAAAAAUAACACUAGUGGUUGCCACUUGUGGCUGUUAAAGAUUACAUGCACUUGACUAUAGAAUUAGGAAGAAGAAAUGAACAUCACCUGUAAAGCCCAGCUCUCACUCCUGGAAAAUCCUUUACUCUCAGCCCGCAGCUGACACUUUGGUCUCUAUUGUUGAAAGAUCCUCGCCCUGGGGAUGCUGAAGUCCCUCACUUAGAUCUCACGGAUACCUGUUCGGAGACACUGGGGCUUGCGUACAAGUUGAGAUCGCACGUGUUAAACGAAACCUUCUCUGCGCGGGGUGUUGCAAAGGACUCCUGCCCAGAAAGGCGUGCUGUGCAAGCAGGUGCCGUGCCUUCGUCAGGGGAGCUGCUGCUCUUCGCUCCGACAAGCUCCGUGUCGGGGUGAGAAUACCUCAGCUGCAGCGGAAGCACGAGCACUCGCUGCUGCUGCUGAGGAGGAGGCAAGUGAUAGCGCAGGAAAGCAGGUAGAAUGGCUGGAGGAGGGCAGCCGUGACCAGCAGGUGGGAAGCUAUUUCUUUCCUUGAGGUGGUAUUUGUUGGAGGGUUGGCUCCUGCCCUUUGUGGGCAGAGAACUUCCCGCUCGCAGCCCAGGGCAGCAGGACAGACUCUUCAACCUGUUCAGGAGCAGCUGUAGCCUCCUGUGCGCGGUCUGGGGACAGGGAGGGUACCAGCAACCAGCCAGAACUUCGCUAUCUCAAAAGCUGGUGAAGCAGGAGGUAUAAGAAACAGCUUUCUGCGCUCUGCUGUGUUUUCACUGAGCAAAUGUUUGAAGCGUGAGACUGGAGAGGUUUCUCAGAAGCGUUUGCACGUUAAAUUCAAUUGCCACUUCCUGAACGCCUCUUGCAAAUCUGGUACUUCUCUUGCAGUACAGUGCAGCAUCGCAAAGCUUGGCUGCUAGGUUAGAAACGUGUCUUUCUUGGCUGCUUGUAAAUACUCUAUUGUGUUGUAAAAUAGAAGAGCUAAUAACGUAAACUCUGUGCCAGCACUGGGUUGGGAAAGGUGAUAGGAACUAGACCACGCUGCAAGGAGGAUAUUUUCUGUUGAUCAUAAAGCAGCUGUGUUGGUAUGGAAGGAGGCUGCUUUUAGGUUGCUAAAGGGUACUCUUAAUUUAUGGGUAGCGUAUCUCUUUCCUUCUAAAUUUGUAUUAUAGUGAUGGGACACUUUGCUUAAUUUUAGUACGUUGCAUAUAAUGUUGGUAUCUCUUUGGAAAAAUCUCAAAAGUCACUUAUUGUGUUAUUGACCUAACUAUGAUGAAGGCAACUAGAAGACAGGAGCAAGAAGGGUGCUGUGUCGGUUAUUCUUGAGCCUCCAUUUUAGGGGAGGGAGAGAGGCAAUCGAGUUCCCUCUUGACAUCGCUGCGAUACGAAGACGGACCCUGAGGUACUCCGGUCCCUUCACUGCGAGCAGCGAUUCCUGAUACUGAGACUGGAACCUUGUUUUACAAGUCAGAAAGUAAAAUAUCUUUGUGCCAUAAAUACCUUACUCUCAAGGCUGUGCUAGGUGCUCCCGUGAUCCAUGUGAGAUCGGUUCAGAGCCUGGAGUGAGCAAGAAACUGCAGAUAAACCCUCCGAUCCUCUCGCAGUGUCCCAGCCUCCCUCGAAGCUGCCCGCCGCCGUGGGGAGACGCGCAGGCACGGCCGCGGCAGGAACCCCUUCACCUCCGCCGAACAGCCGAUGCCCCUCGUAGUUUCCUGUGCGCGUGGUCCAGGGAAAGGAGCUGUUGAAUGGAUUGGAAUCAAGAAAUGGUUACUUCAGAAAUACAUGAAAUUCAAAAUAAGAUUAGUUUGGUAUUUGUAUGAACUUAAUUGAAUUUGGCCUUUUUAUUACCUUCUGCUUGGCUCUGCGUUAACUCUGCUUGGAUUCUGUAUGUGAAUGUUGGUGUAAGAGCAUUAACAUGUUCAACCUGUUCUGUUCUGGCUUGCCUUGUUACGAGCGUCACAAGAGUGAAGCCUAUCAUACAAUUGACUUUUGGAGGAACCUGACUGUUCAAAAGCAAUUCUAAAGCUACCGUUUUUAGCAAAUCUGCUGUCAUUAAAUGUGUAUUUCUUUUCAAAAUGAAAUUGCUUGUCCUUCUCGGAAGUAAGCACUUAUUCUUGCAGUUUCAGCAAAUUAACUGCAGCACAAUGCAAGCUGUAAGGGGACAGGUAGAGAAAUGACUUUUUAAAUAUUGUAUAAUAAAGUUGGUAUUAACUCCUA